UUUGUUCCUGACUUUUUUCUUCCUUCAAACUACCGAUGAGUGUCUCGCGCGAUACCGCCGCGCUCCGGGACGACGCGGGACUGCUGCGCUGCGGAGCGCGCCGACGCUCAUCGAGACGCGCUGCUGUACAUUUCUCCACCCGAGGAGCGACGCUUUCAAACGGACACGCUUCGGAAAGGGACUCGUGAGAAGCGAUCUUGGAUUUAUCGCUGUUUUUCUUCAGGAUUUGUAAUUGGUCUCGUCAGAAAGAGGCGCGCGCAACACGAUCCUCACCAAUGGUUGUGCAAGUUGAAGAUAAACAUCUACCAGUGGAAGACCUGCUGAAACAUCAGGGCUGUUCUCGCCUGGAAACCACUCGCUUGUCUAUUCAGUGGGCUGUGGUUUACAGAUGGACUCUCCUCUCACAAUGAUAUGAGAUUUGUCAGGGGACGAUGCAUACAGGAGGAGAGACAUCAGCAUGCAAACCCUCCUCUGUCCGGCUGGCUCCCUCGUUUUCUUUCCAUUCGGCUGGUGUGCAGAUGGAUGCGCAGACGCCACAUUCACACCCGCCGUUCAGUGAUGUUCACCUGCAGAGCGCUGACCAAUCAGCUGCUGCGCUGCCGUACACCUCGCAGGCCCCGCAACCCAACACCGCCCAGGGAACUGCUGAUAUGGUGAUGCUACAGCGGCGAAUACCUCCGUGUUUUCGGGAUCCUGCGACAGCGCCUUUAAGAAAACUCUCCAUCGAACUGAUUAAAACCUACAAACACAUUAACGAGGUUUACUAUGCAAAAAAGAAGCGACGUCACCAACAGGGUCACGGGGAGGACUCGAGUAACAAGAAGGAGAGGAAGAUUUACAAUGACGGUUACGACGAUGACAACUUUGACUACAUUGUUAAAAAUGGAGAGAAAUGGAUGGACCGAUACGAGAUUGAUUCUCUAAUAGGCAAAGGGUCGUUCGGUCAGGUGGUGAAAGCGUAUGAUCGUGUGGAGCAGGAGUGGGUCGCCAUCAAGAUCAUCAAGAAUAAAAAGGCGUUUCUGAAUCAGGCUCAGAUUGAAGUUCGACUGCUGGAGCUCAUGAACAAACACGACACUGAGAUGAAGUACUACAUCGUUCAUCUGAAACGUCACUUCAUGUUCCGGAAUCACUUGUGUCUGGUGUUUGAAAUGUUGUCGUAUAACCUGUACGACCUGCUGAGGAACACAAAUUUCCGCGGCGUGUCUCUGAACUUGACGCGCAAGUUCGCUCAGCAGCUGUGCACCGCGCUGCUCUUCCUCGCCACGCCUGAACUGAGCAUCAUCCACUGUGACCUCAAACCAGAGAACAUCCUGCUCUGCAACCCCAAGAGAUCGGCCAUCAAGAUUGUGGACUUCGGCAGCUCCUGUCAGCUCGGACAGCGGAUCUACCAGUACAUCCAGAGUCGCUUCUACCGCUCGCCGGAGGUGCUGCUGGGAAUGCCGUAUGAUCUGGCUAUAGACAUGUGGUCACUGGGCUGCAUCCUGGUGGAGAUGCACGCUGGAGAACCGCUGUUCAGUGGCGCUAAUGAGGUCGAUCAAAUGAACAAAAUCGUAGAGGUUUUGGGGGUUCCUCCCAAUCACAUUCUGGAACAGGCACCUAAAGCCCGGAAGUUCUUCGAGAAGAUGUCUGACAGCAUGUGGUGUGUGAAGAAGACCAAAGAUGGCAAACAGUAUAAACCUGCGGGCUCUCGGAAGCUGCACAAUAUAUUGGGCGUUGAAGCGGGCGGACCGGGUGGCCGGAGAGCGGGUGAAUCGGGUCAUGCUGUCGCAGACUACCUGAAGUUCAAAGAUCUGAUCCUGCGGAUGUUGGACUACGACCCCAAGACUCGCAUCCAGCCGUAUUACGCCCUGCAGCACAGUUUCUUCAAGAAGACCGCAGACGAGGGCACGAACACCAGCAGCAGCGUCUCCACGAGUCCCGCGCUGGAGCAGUCGCAGUCGUCUGGAACCACGUCCAGCACCUCCUCCAGCUCAGGAGGUUCUUCUGGGACGAGCACCAGCGGUCGGGCGCGCUCAGACCCGACACAUCAACACCGACACAGUGGAGGACAUUUCAGUGCCGCGGUGAGCAUCGACUGCCACAGCCUCUGCCCACAGGUGAGACAGGCGUUUGUGCCGGCGCUGGGUUGGGUCGGAGGAGACAGACUUCAGUUGGUGUCGGGCGAGACUCACCCUGUCCAGGAGACCAGCUUCAGCAUAACCCCCCACCAGCCCAAGGCUCUUCACCCCCACACGUCCCAGCAGCACCACCGCCAUCAUCAUCAGCACGCGCAGGGCCCUGCCCGCCCGCGGCCCCGCCUCUACUCGCCCUCGCACAGCGCCUCCACACAGGACUCAAUGGAGGUGACACAAGGACACCUGUCCAUGACCUCCAUGUCUUCCUCCGCCUCCUCCUCGUCCACCUCCUCGUCCUCCACCGGCAACCAUCACCACGGUUACCAGAGCCGGCCGCUGCCGCACGGGCUGGGCUUCGGACACAACGGCAGCUUGACUUUGGGACUGGGUGCCUUCUCGAACCCGCGGCAGGAGACGGGCGCAGCGGCACACCCCUCGUACUCGGCGAGCAUGAACUCUGGGCCGGGCCGCUUCGUGGCCGAGACUCACGCAGGUCUGGACCGGGAGGACUCGCCCAUGGCGGGCGUGUGUGUGCAGCAGAGCUCCUGACUCGCCUGAGAACGUUCACUUUUCAGAUUAAAGCUGCUGGAACGAGACGAGAGCCGAUCAGGCCGCCAGGAGAAUUGACGUCUGCGGACACUUGAUGCGAGGCUUUGUUUCUAUGACAUUUGUGUUGUUUUUCCUCUCUGACGGUUUUAGAAGCUCAUUCACACGCGCACCUUCACAUUGAGUUUCCUUUCGAGAGUAAAGAGACGAAAUCUCUGACAUGAAACGCCAGUCGCUGUCUGUCUCGCUUGUAUUCUUCAUGUCGUGCAAUGUGUGCUUUGAGCAGAGCUUUCCCACAGUGCAAUGUGUGUGUGUGUGUGUGUGUGUGUGUGUGUGUGUGUGUGCACACAAUAUGGCCUUAUCAUUACAGACUGAAUGAGCUGAGGCAUUUCUUCAAGCUUUCAUGUGUUUUCACCUGAAUUCAUGACACAAGAUCACUGACAAACACGGAAGGUGACUCGAGGUCUUCUCUAGAAAUCCACCGCUGAUCACAUGGUCUGAGCGACGGCCGCGUCACGCUCUUAUUUUGUGCUUCAUCUCAUUCACUCGUUUUCUUUUGCUUCUCUUCACGAUUAUGCUGUGAAUUUUACACCAUUUUUAUUUUUCCCUUUUGAUAAUUUAUUGUACCAAAGGUGUUGUUUUAUAGAUGUCUGUAACAAUAAUGUAGCAGUUCUGCACUUUGACUCAAAGGUGUUUGAUGUAAACGACUGUCAGAACUGAUGUGCUCCUCCUCCUGGACAUCAUCCGCUUCUCUUCUGUUGUUCUUUCACUUCUUCAUUGUCCUCGACCCAGCUUCAGGCGUUCCUUGUUUUUGCUCUCACGGGACGGUGGAUGCCGCGAGCUGCUCGGCUGGUCCCGCAGCAGCUGGACAGUCAGAGGUAAUCUCCAGGCGGGACGCGGGCCGCAAUCGUCACAUUAAUCCGGCCACCGCUCUCUCUCAGAACUAAAGCAAUCCGACGGAGACGGAAAUGGCGUCACAUCGUCUCUCUGUGCGAGCGAUUGCGACGGUUACGAAGGAACGGUUCUUUAGGGUUCCUUUUGAGCUUACGAGCGAGUUCAUGAAACAGGCUUCAGGUGUUUUCUGUGUGACCCCAUUUUAAUAGCUGAAAUAGAAUUUAUGUACAUAUUUAUAUUUUUUUAAUAAAGGAAGUUUAGAACUCACUACUUUUUUGCUAAUGGUGUUUUGAGUACAUUUAAGUGAAGCUGGUGACCUGCAGUGGAAGGUCUCUGUGGUAGUCGAUGGGUGUAUCAGUGCUUCCAGUAGUUGACGACGCUAGAUGCAAAACUCGAGGGGUGAAACUGAGAGUAGAUCUUCAUACCUUAAUAUUCUCGACAGGGUAUCGUGUGUGUCUUCAAUCAGAACACAUCGCCAGUGUUUCACAUGUUCCUAUACUCCACAGAUAUAUAGUACAGGAACUGAUUACAUUAUUACUGUUAUUUGGACAAAGUGUGUGUGUGUGUGUAUGAUGAGUGUGUGUGUGAGAGAGAGAGAGUGUGUGUGUGUGUGUGUGUGAGAGUGUGAGAGAGAGAGAGUGUGUGUGUAUGAGUGUGUGUGUGAGAGAGAGAGUGUGUGUGUGUGUGUGAGAGAGAGUGUGUGUGUGUGAGAGUGUGUGUGAGAGAGAGAGUGUGUGU